GUGUGCUUUAAAACCAUUCAGUAGGCUAAUGUUUAGGACGGUAGAUAGGUAGUAAUAGGGAAAUAAACACACUUUAGGUUGUUAUUUUGUCGUCUUUUGGUUGAUAGUUUUGCGUUACCCGCCAUUACGUUUCCUUUAAACCCACCGGAGUCGCAGUGAAUGAGAUGAACGUCGGGGUUCCCCUCUUUGAGCCAGACACUUUGUGCUUUACGGUCAGCGGUGAAUUAGACAACUGCUCCUUCAUCAUGCAGCUUCUGAAAAAAGACGGAAAAGCCCUACAUGUUGAUUAUAUUUCGCCACCGCCGGUGUAAGUCCUGAAUGAGAGAAAAUCCUCCCGGCCACGGCUGCCGAGGUCUCACAUCCUGGAGCUGCCUCACCUCAUCCGCCGGUGUUGCAUACAAUAUGAUAUGUUGAUGACAUUUUUUGGAAGUGGUCGUGCCUUUUGUUUUCAUUUCGGGAUAUGCGAUAUGCGGAUCUGUGAGCGCCACGAAACGCAAAUGAGCGGACGUUUUUUUCUGCUUUGAAAAUGAGGAAGCGUUUUCAUAAAGACCCAGAAAAUGGCAAGAAGGUCUCGUCGUCCGUGGGCCCGGAUUUGAGUAAAAUGAGAAGGAAAGGAGCAAAUGCAACAGCAGCAUGAUUUUUUUCCUACAGAAUGACACCAAAGGAGGUAAAACGGUGGAGGUAGAGAAGACGCAGCAUCAAUGAAGGCGAUCUGGACAAGUUUUGAGUCGCUCAUAAUGAACAGAAAUACUUUGCAGCUCGACAGCAGAUCGUUUCCACAAUAUUGAAAUAUUUUUUCGGCUUUGGGAGAUUUUCUAAUUCACCACUCAUCUAUUUUCGCAUUGCAUUUGUUAUCUUUUUCAUUAUAUAUUUAGAUUUUUUUUAUACUUUUGAUCCGGAUCCAGCCCUGACUAUUCAAUGGAAGUAUGUUAUCAGCUGCCGGUUUUGCCUCUAGACAGGCCGGUUCCCAAGCAUGUCCUCAGCCGGAGGGGAGCCAUUAGUUUCAGCUCCAGCUCUUCUCUCUUCGGGGCUCCUGAUCCGAGACAGCUGUCACAGAGACGAGGGGCCAUUUCCUAUGACAGCUCUGACCAGACAGCACUGUACAUUCGUAUGCUAGGAGCUUGUGUAGUAUUCAAACAGCUGUUUGCAAGAGAUGUGAGAGUGAGAAGUCAGGUUGGAUUUGAACCGGAACGAAGAAGCUCCCACCCAUACCUGUGCAUCGACUUCCGAACUCUUCACACACGGCUGGGCUAUGGGUCCACGUCAACAAGCUUUGCUCCUGAGAGGAGGGUCCACAGACUGCUCAGCUUCCAGAGGUACCUGCACUCAUCCCGUCUGCUGCGGGGAGUCCCCCAGCAGAUCCCCCUCCACAUCCUGGAUGAAGACUACACUGGACAGGCCAGAUGCAUGCUGGAAAAAGUCGGGAACUGGAAUUUUGACAUUUUCCUCUUCGAUAGGUUGACGAACGGAAAUAGCCUGAUCACCCUGACCUUCCACCUGCUGAACCAGUACGGCCUGGUGGAGCUCUUCCAGCUCGACAUGGUCAAACUCUGGAGGUUCCUCGUCAUGGUCCAGGAGGACUACCACAGCGACAACCCCUACCACAACGCUGUCCACGCUGCAGAUGUCACACAGGCCAUGUACUGCUACCUGCGAGAACCAAUGCUUGCCAAGUCUCUGACCUCCUGUGACAUCCUACUGGGACUUCUAGCAGCCGCCACACAUGACCUGGACCAUCCUGGGGUCAACCAGCCUUUCCUCAUUAAGACUGACCACUAUCUAGCUACACUCUACAGGAAUACCUCAGUUCUGGAAAACCACCACUGGAAGUCAGCAGUGGGCCUGCUCAGAGAGACUGGGCUGUUCUCCCAUCUGCCUGCUGAGGACAGCCUCAACAUGGAGAGGGAGUUGGGCUCCUUAAUCCUGGCCACGGACAUCAGCAGACAGAAUGAGUACCUGUCUAGGUUUCGCAGGCACCUGGACCAGGAUAACCUGUGCUUGAGCAACGCCAGCCACCGUCACUUCAUCCUGCAGAUGGCUCUGAAGUGUGCAGAUAUCUGUAACCCCUGCAGACCCUGGGAGCUGAGCAAACAGUGGAGUGAGAAAGUGACAGAGGAGUUCUUCCAGCAAGGAGACAUUGAGAAGAAGCACAAACUUGAAGUCAGCCCACUUUGUGACAGAGGGAUCAACACAGUUGGCAACAUUCAGAUCGGCUUCAUGACAUACGUGGCAGAGCCGCUCUUCGCAGAGUGGGCCCGUUUCUCCGACACACGUCUGUCCCAGACCAUGCUAGGCCACAUGGGGCUGAACAAGGCCAGCUGGGGUGGCCUACAGCAGGAACAAACCUCUGAGGAGGCGGAACCCAGCGCAGCCGGCACAGACACAGAAGACGCCGACGCCGCCACUCGAAGAGACAGCAACACAGCUACAGCCACAGGAGGAACCAGCUCCAAAGAAAUACCUCAGGGAAGCAGAGAAUCCUGACACUCCUCGUGUGCCCUUUCACCUCAACCUCCCAAACCCCGGCCUCAGGGCCGCAUCACACACACUGGGGGCCGGGUGGGGCACGCAACGGCCUGCAGCCCUGCUGCUGCCCCACCUGAUCCUAACACCUUGUUUAUGUUUUGUUGCUUUUGCCUCUCAUCUUGAUAAACCACUGAUUUUAUUUAAUUUAUUUAAUUUUUAAUUCCUCUUUUUUGGCAUAGAGCAAUACAUAGAUACCUCAUUUGGCUACUGCUGUAUUUUCUUUUAUUUGCUUUGUUUUAUUUAUUUGUCCACUGUAGUUUUGGCAUUACUGACUGAACACACCACUUUCUUUUUUUGUUGAUGAACCUUAAGGGGAAAGCAGUAUACAAACUGAAGAAGACAUUUUUCUGGUAUUUUUGAAGUGCCAUUUGAAAACAAAGAUUUGAAGAAUGAUCUGAACUGACUGAGACAACUGGAGUAUUCAGACAUGAGACCCUCCUGAGACUUUAAAGUAAUGCCGUGUUGCAUUUGUAUUGAAGAUUCUUCCUCAUGUAAAAACAAAAAAAAAAUGUGACAAGCCCAGUCCUUUUGCUGCCUCUACGAAGACUGUUUACGCAUCUCCGUGUUUGUUGUUUCUUUCCCUUGAACUGAAGUGAAUCAUGUCGGCUCCACGGUUUGCCUUCGAAGCACAGAUGUGAAGAACCACUUGUUUGAACUGUCAUCCCACUGUUGAAGCCAUGAGCAGAACCUUAUUCAAACACACCAGAUGCCAUAAGUAACUCCACCUGUGCUACAACGUGUUUUUGCACUCCCAAAUAAAGACGGUGUUGGAUGUGCAGCUUCAUCUCCAUGACAUCUCCAAGAGACCCUGAAGGUAUUGUAGACAUUGGUCCUUUUCUGAUGAUGUUUCCGAAUCUUCCAGUGCUGGUUGAACUCGGGGUAGCUUCCCUCCCAGACUGGAGAUCAGUUACUCACUGCACAUGCAUCUCACCUGGAACUCCACUCCACGCAACUCGACUUGCUCAGGGUUUUGCCAGUCUCUUAUCAAGAGGGAGAGGGGGAGGGGGUGACUGCGGAUGAUGCAGGGUUGUUUUUUUCCUGGCUAGGCUCUACUGAAAGAGACUCUCCCUCUCCGCAGAAUGUCUCUCAGCCACAUGCAACCUAAAGGACUGCUUGAUUGAUGCCUUAUAACUAUGCACAAACUAUGCUAAGUGACCAAACCAGCUCCUGUUCCCAUCAAGUGCAUGGUGUGCUUGUCUUUGAAUGCACUGUCCGAUCCCUUUGCCUUUUUGUUGUGAGGAACAACUCCAGCUGUCUUUUUUUGUACGGAAACAAAAUGGUCGAGUGACUUUUGAACAUUCCAUUUCUUUGUGUUUGGUUUGUCUACUUUGAUUCUGUAUAGUGGCACAAAAUUGUGUUUGUGUUUAAACAUUUUGAAAGAUAACAGGUGCUUUUCUUACUUUAGCUGAUUUGUAUUUUGCUGUAAGUGCUGUAAGACUGUUGAUAAAACUGUUUACAAUUUGUUGCGACAGCCAUUUUUGGGAAGACUUCGGUGUCGAGCCAGAUUUUGUAAAGGCUUUGCUGUAUUGACCUUUUUGAUACAUGCCUGUUGCAGUUACAAUUUGAAUAAUAAAACCUGUUGUUGACAAAA